GGAAGCGCAGCGCUGGAGGACCACAGAGAAGAAGAUGGCUGCGACGGGGCUCGACUGGCCAGCGCUGUACCUCCUGCUCGAGGACGGCUAGAGAGGGGAUAGGGGGCAAAUAUGGGGUCGCAGAUCCUCCAGAUCCUGCGGCAGGGUGUGUGGGCGUCGGUGACGGGAGGAUGGUACUACGACCCCCACCAGAACACCUUCGUGAACGCACUUCACCUUUACCUGUGGCUGCUGCUGCUCUGCCUCCCGUUCACGCUGUACAUGGCCUUGCCCCCCACGAUGGUGAUUGUGGGUAUCUACUGCGGGGUGAUAGCAGGUAUGUUUGCGCUGCUGAAGGCAGUGAAUUAUCGCCUGCACACUGCGCUGGAUGAGGGGGAGGUGGUGGAGCUGCGGGCCAAAGGGAGCAAGGGACAGUGCCAGGGGGCAGAGCGCCAACGUGAGGGUACCGGCACCCGGCAGGAAGACUCAAACGGGCCUGGUGUUGGAAUAGAGAUGUCUGAUUUUGCACGGGAGGAGACGCCACCGGUCGACUGCAGUUCACGGAACUCUUACGUAGGAAUGGACUCUAACCAUCAGAUAACAUCCCAUGGAGGCUCAGUCACAACCAAACGGGCAGGUGUUGGAAAGGCUCCUGAUGACAUCAGUUUGAGUUUGGCUCGGAGUUGCAGUCAAGACCAAGAUUUGAUGUCAGACCCAAAGAUGUUCUGCCUCGUCUCCAAUGACUCUUUUGCCUCCAUGCAGCCAUCAACUUCAUUGGCUCAGGACCUUUAUGGCUCAACCCCUCACCCUUUUAGUCAGUCCCUAUCCUCUUGUGACACCGAAAUUCCUGCUCAUCUUUCCACCCACUCACAGUCUUUCCGGAAAGAGUCAUCUCGACCUCGGAGAUUGCCUCGCACAUCAAGUUCUGCGGGAUCUGCUUUUCCAGAUCCUUCUCUGCCCGAGUUCAGCCUGUACCCUCCACUCUGUCGGGGAGGACUGGAUCCUGUCUGUGAAAUGGAGAACUCCAGGUCACAGAGGGCGACAGAGAGCUCCGAGCAGCCGGACUCUGGGACUCCCAGCACUUCAGGAACAGAGUGUCACAGAUAUCAUCCGAAGGAAUGCCGCAGGAUAUCACGGUCUGUUUCCCAAGAGACAGGGGAAGGAGAGUGUGCAGGGGAAGGGGGAUCUGGGUUGUACCAGUCGGAGGGUGUACAGGGGGGUCGGGAAAGAAAAGGUGGACGGAGUGCCGAAAGUUUGCGGAGUUUAAGUACACGCAGUAGCGGCUCCACUGAGAGCUACUGCAGUGGGACGGACCGGGAUACCAAUAGUACUUUGAGUAGCCUGCACAGCGAGCAGACAAGCUCCACGCACGUAGAGAGCCUGCUGUCGCUGUCUGGGGACGAGAAGGUAAAUGCGGGACAUGCCGACCCACGUAACUCUAAUGUAGCCUCGGGGGAGGCUAAUAAAAACCCCCAUGCCAACGAACUUGCUACCAAAUUGCCCAUUGGCGAUGCUCCCAAACCUGCAAACUCAGAGGGCCAACAGGGGGAGGGAACUGUGGAGGCGGCAUCAAGGACUAGCGUAGAUGUCUCUGCUGGUAUGUCCCACCAGCACCAGAAGGCAGAACUAGACGAAAUGCGUCCCAAAACAGCCAAUCUCGUUCACCGGGCUGCCUCCUUAUCCGCCGCCAGCCGUAGUGGCCGGCGACGAAACGGUAAGCAGCGAGCAAGCAGUUUUGACGCCAGCAGACACCGGGAAUACAUUUGCAGACGUGGCAUGGCAAAGCCUCGCUCUGCGGUCUUCAUGAAAGGAGAGGAAGACUCUAGUGAUCAGAGCGAACUUAGUUGUGCCUCCAGCCUACACUCCACCCACCAGCUCAGCACAGACUCCUCAUCCAGCACACCCCACUCCUGCCCCUCUCCUGAGGAUCGCCGUGGCCCCUCUCUACGGGCCAAAAUGAAUGGUGUGCAAACCCACGGUCAGAAGGACAAGGAAAAGGAACGGGAGAAAGACAAGGAGAAGGGCAAGCGCAAAGCUUCGCGACGCACUACGAGUACAGGCAGCGCCAAAACUCAUGCCCGGGUCUUGAGCCUGGACAGCAGCACUACUGCUUGCCUUAAUGACCCCCACCAUUUGGGGGCACCAGCAAGUUCCAGACCCCUUACCACCUCCAAGUCGGACCUGGAGGCAAAAGAGGGAGAGGUGUUGGAUGCGGCAUCCCUGCUGGGAAGAGCCUCUCAGCUUGAGUCAGUGACCCGGUCGAGAAACAGUCUGCCCUGCCCCAUUUCUCUUAGUCACACACAAGACACAACCACAGGAUCUCGAGCCCCAGGGAACGAUGACACAGUCACAUUUCGCCGAGAGCGUAGUACGUUUCGUCGACAAGCGGUGCGUAGACGGCACAACGCAGGAAGUAACUCCACACCCCCCACCUCUCUCAUCGGAUCCCCGCUCAGUGUGCAGCUGGAGGGCUGUCUGGAUAAGGCGUCUACUGUGGGAGUGGCCAGCCUGCAGGAUGACUUUGGGAAGCUGACCCCACCUCUCUAUGAGGUCGGAGGAUGUGACAUGUCCCUGGUGAACUUUGAACCUGCAACCAGACGAGCUUCCAACAACCUCUGGGAAACAGACUCCCACCUCUCCAGUUCUACCUCAGUUCGUUUUUACCCUCAUGACCUGUUCUCCUUUUCUCAGAUGCGUCUGAAUCGUUUGCUGUCCAUGGACCCAGAGUUGUUGGAACAGCAUGAUGUGGACGGGAGUCCUGACCUUCAGGAGGCGCCGCACCGCUCGCAGGACUCCACACAUAAUCACACGCACCCACACAAAACCAAGCAGUACUACCGCCUGUGGCUGCUGCCGUACCUGUGGGUCGGGCUGCACUUUGACAGACUCACACUACUUGCCCUCUUCGACAGGAACCGGGAGGUUCUGGAGAAUGUGCUCUCAGUGGCUCUGGCGAUUCUUGUGGCCUUCCUAGGUUCUGUGCUGCUAGUUAAUGGGUUCUUCACUGACAUUUGGGUCUUUCAGUUCUGCCUCGUUAUUGCCAGUUGCCAGUACUCAUUGCUGAAGAGUGUCCAACCCGACUCUUCAUCACCGCGACAUGGUCAUAAUCGAAUCAUCGCUUACAGCAGGCCUGUGUAUUUCUGUCUGUGCUGUGGGCUGAUUUGGCUGUUGCACUAUGGGAGUGUAAACAGCAGCUCCACUACAGUGUCUCUGUAUGGAGUCGCUCUCACCAGCUCCGUCCUGCUGUCUCAGGUGCGGGAUCUCCUCAUUGGGCUGCUCCCUCAGAUUAACACUUUCGUCAUGUACCUGCUUGAGCAACUUGACAUUCAUGUCUUCGGAGGAAAUGCAUGCACCAGUCUGCUUUCAGCUCUGUAUAGUGUUGUGCGCAGCAUCAUCACCAUAGCGAUGCUCUAUGGGUUCUGCUAUGGCGCCCUAAAGGACUCGUGGGAUCCUCAGCACAUUCCUGUGCUUUUCUCAGUGUUUUGUGGGCUGCUGGUUGCGGUUUCAUACCAUCUCAGCCGCCAAAGCAGUGACCCCUCUGAUCUCAUUUCAUUAUUGCAAUCAAAGGUCUUCCCUAAUGUGAAAGAUAAAAAUCCAGAGGAUCCGCUUUCUGAAGUUCAGGAUCCUUUACCAGAGAAACUCCGCAGCUCUGUGAAUGAGAGACUACAGUCAGAUGUGAUUGUGUGUGUUGUCAUUGCUGUCCUGUAUUUUGCCAUUCAUGUCAGCACUGUCUUCAUUGCCUUACAGCCUUUUUUGAGCUAUGUUCUGUACGGUCUAGUCGGGGCAGUAGGGCUGUUGACUCACUACCUGUUGCCCCAGAUGAGGAAGCAGUUACCCUGGUACUGUUUCUCACACCCGCUGCUCAAAACCAGAGAGUAUUAUCAGUUUGAGAUCCGGGGUGCCGCCCAUGUCAUGUGGUUUGAGCGUACACAUGUGUGGCUGCUGUUUGUGGAGAAAAACAUCCUCUAUCCACUCGUUGUGCUUAAUGAGCUGAGUGGCAGCGCACAGGAGCUCGCCAGCCCCAGGAAACUCAACACAGAGGUCGGGGCUCUAUUGAUAACUAUCGCUGGGCUGAAGCUGCUGCGUUCUUCCUUCAGUAGUCCAACAUAUCAAUAUGUCACUGUCCUCUUCACGGUCCUGUUCUUCACAUUUGAUUACCGGCAGUUUUCGGAGACAUUGCUGCUGGAUCUUUUCGUUAUGUCCAUCAUUUUCAGCAAGUUAUGGGAGCUCUUUUAUAAGUUGAAGUUUGUAUAUACCUACAUCGCACCGUGGCAGAUUACCUGGGGCUCUGCCUUCCAUGCCUUUGCCCAGCCGUUUGCAGUGCCACACUCUGCCAUGUUGUUUGUACAGGCCAUUGUGUCUGCUGUGUUCUCCACUCCAUUAAACCCUUUUCUUGGCAGUGCCAUUUUCAUCAGUUCCUACGUACGACCUGUGCGCUUCUGGGAGAGAGAAUACAAUACUAAGUGGGUCGAUCACUCCAACACUAGACUUGCUUCGCAGCUUGACAGAAACCCAGGUUCAGAUGAUAAUAACCUGAACUCCAUCUUCUAUGAGCAUUUGACGCGGUCCCUGCAGCAUUCUCUGUGUGGAGACCUGCAGCUGGGCCGCUGGGGAAACUACAGCACCGGAGACUGCUUCAUCCUGGCAUCUGAUUACCUCAACGCUCUCGUUCACCUUGUUGAGAUCGGCAAUGGCCUCAUCACUUUCCAGCUCAGAGGACUUGAGUUUAGAGGGACGUAUUGCCAGCAGAGGGAGGUGGAGGCGAUAACAGAGGGAGUUGAAGAAGAUGAAAGCUGUUGUUGCUGUGAGCCUGGUCAUCUCCCCCAUCUGCUGUCCUUUAAUUCUGCAUUCGGGCAGCGCUGGUUGGCCUGGGAGGUUCUGGUCACUAAAUACGCCCUGGAGGGCUACAGCAUCACUGAUAACAGUGCCGCAUCUAUGCUGCAGGUGUUUGAUCUGCGGCGAAUCCUCACCACCUACUACGUUAAGGGCAUCAUUUACUAUGUCAUUGCAUCUCCUAAACUGGAGGAGUGGCUGGAGAACGAAGCCCUUCUUGAGGGCUUGAAGAGCUGCGGAGAGCGAAACUAUGUUGACCUAGAUCCGACUUUUAACCCCAAUAUUGAUGAAGACUAUGACCACAGACUGGCUGGAAUCUCCAGAGACAGUUUCUGCUCUGUCUACCUCAGCUGGAUCCAGUACUGCAACUCACAGAGAGAGAAGCCACUGGACAGUGAGAAAGACUCUGCGUUGGUUUUGCUGUGUUACGGUCUGUGUGUUUUGGGAAGAAGAGCUCUGGGAACUGCAUCUCACCAUAUGUCCAGUAAUCUGGAGUCUUUCCUGUAUGGGCUGCAUGCCUUGUUUAAGGGAGAUUUCCGGAUCUCAUCUGUAAGAGACGAAUGGAUCUUUACUGACAUGGAACUGCUGAGGAAGGUUGUUGUCCCUGGAAUUCGCAUGUCUCUUAAACUGCACCAGGAUCACUUCACCUCCCCUGAUGAGUAUGAGGAAUCAUCGGUGUUGUUUGAGGCGAUUUCUUCACACGAACAGACACUGGUGAUAGCUCACGAGGGCGACCCAGCCUGGCGCAGCGCUGUCCUGUCCAACUCUCCCUCUCUGCUCGCCCUCAGACACGUGUUGGACGAAGGGACCAAUGAAUACAAGAUCAUCAUGCUUAACAGACGCUACCUCAGCUUCAGGGUCAUAAAGGUGAAUAAGGAGUGUGUGCGCGGCCUGUGGGCGGGACAGCAACAGGAAUUGGUGUUUUUGCGGAACCGAAACCCGGAGCGUGGAAGUAUCCAGAAUGCCAAGCAAGCACUACGCAAUAUGAUCAACUCUUCAUGCGACCAGCCAAUCGGAUAUCCCAUCUAUGUCUCGCCUCUGACAACAUCUUACUGUAAUACACACCCCCAGCUGGGACACAUACUGGGAGGACCAAUCAGCAUCGCCAACAUACGAAACUUUAUCGUCAACACGUGGCACAGACUGCGUAAGGGUUGUGGCGCUGGCUGUAACAGUGGCGGGAAUGUUGAAGAUUGUGAUGCGGGUGGCUUGUCGUGUGGCAGUGGGAAUUCUGGGACAGCAGCGAGUGAUUCCCAGCACAGCUCAGGACCCACAGUGCUGCACUCUUACACACCUCAUUCUCUGGGUACGAGUCAGAGUUCUCAGUCAGUGCAGUCUGGUUUGGUUCGUCAGUCUCCUGCUCGUGCGUCUGUCGUCAGUCAGUCGUCCUCGUAUCGUCACAGCAGCAGCCGCCAGUCUUCACUCCGCACGUCUGUGACGGGUCUGGAGCCCUGCAGACGUUCUUCCAGCAGCCAGCUCUCUCUCCGCACGCUGCCCACCUCCCUCCAACUCCGGCUGGGCACCAACACCUCGGCCGCCAACCCCGACCCACCCGGCCCCUCCAGCUCCCUCUCAGCCCACUCCAUUCCGCCCUGCAAACGACACGCCCACACGCUCGCCAGCCUGCUGGGAAACGAAGCCUUAGGGCUGGGGACGGACAUCCAUCCUCACCCCCACUAUCAUCUUCACUACAUCCACCAUCAUCAUCACAAUCCCUCGCUCUCCUGUCUGAGAAGGGACGACAUCUCCUACAGGGUGCAGAUUGUGGAUGUGAGUCAGGUGUUGGAUGUAAUGAAUCAUCCCAAGAGGAAGGAGCUGGUGUGGCCAGAUGAGAGCAUGAGACUGAGAUCUGGACGCAACUUUUGGAGGGACUGGAGUCCCUUAGAAGGCAUGGAGGGUCACGUGGUUCAUCGUUGGGUGCCUUGCAGUCGUGAUCCGGUUAGUCGGUCUCACAUUGAUAAGACCAUCCUGCUGGUCCAGGUGGAUGAUAAAUUGGUUCCCAUUAUAGAGACGGGAGUGAUUGAACUGGGGGCAGAAGUGUGAGGAUGCACUCGUCUAAUGUCAGGCCAGAGGAAGAAUGAGGCCACACUCACUUCCAGCUGCUGAUCAGGGCGCAGGAAGCCAGGGAAUCGUGCAAAUGGAGAACAUACACACUCACACAUGCUGCAAGAAGCACAUUUGCUCAAAUCUGGACAGAAAGCUGCCUUGCUCUGUGGUCCUCAGAUAUGCUGCAUGAGAGAUCAGCUCCUGUAAACUCUUCUCUCUUUCUCUCUCCUUUACGAGUAGCUGCAGUUUCGUUCUGUUUUUUAGGUUCUAUGCAUCUCAUCAGCUGUCUGUAAACACAUGCAAACUCACAGGGAACACUACAACCGAGCUUGAUGUACACGCAGAGAAGAGUUUUUUAUUACAGCUAUAAUUACGUUUUAUUUUGUAUUUCUGCCCAAUUAAGUCAGGUGCACAGUGCUGCCCUGGACAUGCAGUGAAUCAUGUGACAGACUGUGUUUUACUAGCUGCCAAGACAGAUGAUCACGGUGAGGAUGAUGAUGAUGAUAAAAAGGAAGCAGGUGCUUCUGAUACAGAGCAUCCUUACUCUUCAUCCUCGUUCAUUUUGUUGAGGAUCCAUUUGAUAACAGAGAGGUGUUAUGAGAAACUUUAACUUGCACUAUGAUUUGUUUUGUUUUUGAUUUGCAGCUGUGCACUACUUUCUAAGAUCAGACAUUAUUUAUUCCUUCACGGUUUGAAUCGCCAUGGUUACCGAUGCCUUUGGAAUGCAAAAUGCGAAAUCAUUGACACAUUCGUUUCUGCCGUUUUGACAGUUUUUCUUUAGCUUGAGGACAGAAGUGGUUUUUUAACCACAUGUAGUUAUGUAUGAAUAUAUAAAUGUGUCUGUAAAAAGAUUUGGCUUUGAAUAUUUAUUACUGUAUUUACAUUUUGUUAUAUUGUUUUU